CAGCUUGUACGUAUCGUAAACGCGGUCCUUUAUAAUUUUUGUUUGCCUUCUAAAUACAUACAAAUAUCCAAACGGAUACUUAAAACUAUGAAAUUUGUGUUUAUUGUGACGCUGCUGAUCGCAGCUGCUUCGGCGAUGCCACAAUUCGGUGGUGGUGGUAACGGUGGCUUUGGAGGACCUGGUGGUGGAUUUGGUAAUUCUGGUGGAGGCUUUGGAGGACAAGGUGGUGGAUUUGGUAAUUCUGGUGGAGGCUUUGGAGGACAAGGUGGUGGAUUUGGAGGUGGUGGCUUCGGAGGUGGUGGCUCUGGAGGUGGUUUUGGAAGACCUGGUGGUGGCGGCUUUGGAGGUGGUGGCUUCGGAGGUGGUGGUUUCUGA